AUGGCGGCCAAGUGCGAUAGGAAGUGGCCGCGGUUGCUGCUGUGGAGGUUGAGGCCGGCGGGGAUAACGCCAGCAAAUGAUCGAUCGAUCCUGGGUCUAGGAGUGUGGACUCGUUCCUGGAGCGACGGCCCCUAUUCGCGCACGGCGCUCUACGAGCUCCUCGGCGUCCCCACCACAGCCACGCAAGCACAAAUCAAGGCGGCCUACUACCGGCAAAGCUUCCUCUAUCACCCGGACCGCAACUCGGGGAGUGCCGAGGCUGCUGAGCGCUUUACCCGCAUCUCCCAGGCCUACGUGGUGCUGGGCAGUACCACCCUCCGCCGCAAGUAUGACCGCGGCCUGCUCAGCGACGCGGACCUGCGCGGACCCGGAGUGCGGCCCUCCAAGACCACCGCAGCCGAUGCCAGCGCGCCCCGCCACCCGCCGUCCGCCUCUCACGGCGGCGGCAAGGCCCCGUCAGGUGCCCCGCGCACCAUGUUCAACUUCGACGCCUUCUACCAGGCGCACUAUGGGGAGCAGCUGGAGCGGGAGCGGCGCCUGAAAGCUCGGCGCGAGGCCCUCCGCAAGCAGCGAGAGGACCAGGCCCGGAGGGGCUUCCGCUGGGAUGACACCCGAGAUGCGACUUUCGUCCUUCUGCUCCUCACGAUCUUUGUCAUCAUGAGUUUUCGAAUGUGA